GCCAUCUCUCCUUCCGUCCAACGCCGUCAAACACCUGGCUGCGGCGACGUGCUCAUCUUAACUUGUUCGCACAGGUCUGCGUUAUUACUCUUACGCAGACCCCCACCGUUUCUUUCAAAUUCAAGUGCGGCCUGUUCGGCGUUUGCGAGUGUCAAGUAUAUAUAUAUUCUGGAUUUUGGACACGUUUCCGCCUAAACGAUCGAAAGGACUACACGCAAAGUCGAGGUUACAGACAUUUAGGAGGAGCAGAGAGUAUUGUGCGCACGUUAAUUUAUUUCCGUACGGGCCAAGAAAUUCUUACACAAUCCGGACACAAUACGGAAACUCGUUUCCCCCCUGUGCUCUCUCCAUUCUACACAACACUUUGCUCUCUACAACAUCUGGCCACUCGUUGCUGACGCCUCAUAGCACGGAUCACCUUGUUCGCGCAGGAAGCGAUAUACCCUCUUUCAAGCUUCCAAACAUAAGAAUCAUUACGCGAUACCUAUUACCUAUACCUUUAUAGUGCGAACAACCGCGAAAACUUCAACACAGGAUGGUGACGACGUGUCCGUCGGACAACACACAAAUAGAGGACCAGACAUCGUUCUGGGAUUCAAAUGGAUUACAUUGGGAUGCACAUCGGAUAGGCUGGGCAAUUUCGGGCGGGUGUGCUGUACUGACUGUCAUAAUUUCCAUCUUCUCCGUCCUUUCCCAUUGUCGGAACUAUACCGUACCUGCGGAACAACGUCAAAUAAUCCGAAUAUUGUAUAUGCCGCCCGUCUACGCGAUCAUUUCCUUCUUUUCGUAUCGAUACUUCCGCAGUUAUACUUACUAUGAACUCAUUGAAGUUGUUUACGAGGCAGUGACGCUCUCGGCGUUCAUGCUUCUAAUCAUUGAAUAUGUCGCAAGCACUGCGUCUGACCAUUCCGCGCGGAAUGCGCUCGAGCGGAAAGAUAAGCGGAAGCUACCUAUUCCACUUUGUUGCUGGAGGUAUAGACCUACGAAAGCGUACUUCCUGUAUACAAUGAAGUGGCUCGUAAUGCAAUACGUUGUUGUCCGUCCAUUGGUAUCAAUAGCAGCAAUCAUUUGUCAAGCAUUCAACAUUCUUUGCGAGAACGAAGGACUGACGCACUUCGAGUUUGCCUAUCCGUACAUCGCAAUUGUCGACUUCAUUAGCAUUUCUCUGGCGCUGUACGGACUGUUCGUAUUCUACGGACUCACCAAGGAUGAGCUUGAGGGCCAACGACCACUUGCAAAGUUCUUGUGCAUUAAGCUCAUCGUGAUGUUUACGUUCUAUCAGACCUUCGUUUUCGAUGCUCUGGAGGGACGUGUCAUUCAUGAUACUCCUUACUGGACGGAGACGAACAUCGCUGAUGGGUUAAACGCGCUUGCUAUCUGUAUCGAGAUGGUGUUCUUCGCACUUGCAAUGAUGUGGUCCUACCCAACAACGACCUACAAGCAAGAAGGCGUACGUACAGGUAUCGGACGUCCACUCUGGGACAGCAUAAACUUCUCUGACUUCGCCGCCGAGAUCUGGGGCUCACUCAAAUUCUUCAUCGAUUACAUGCGUGGCAGGCCUGGUACAAGGACGCAGAAGAUGAACAUGGCACAAGCGUUCGGCGUGGAGGGUUCAGAUAACACUCCUAAAUAUGAUAGCAAGUCCUCAGGAAUUGGCUUCGCAGGAGUAGGAGGAAGUGCAGCGGCACGGAAUCCGUACAACACAUCUGACUACAACGUGUCAGGUCAGAAUGGCGCGGCAUAUACCCCACCUCAAGUGUAUGGUCAGGGAAGUAAUGCAUAUCCAGGUCACGAGGGAAACAGCAUCGACCAGUAUGGCGAGGACGUGAGGUUGACGACGUUUACUCCGCGGAAUGGGAGUUCGACUGUAGUAGGUCGGUUCUCGGAUGAGACGGACGGGUCUUCGUAUCCCCAGGCACCGUUACCAUAUACUUCCCCGCAGUCAAGAUACGGUCCUGGGACGGGGAGGCCGCCGUUUUAGGACCGGUGGGGUCGAUAUUGAUGUUGUAGCGUAUACUCGUACAUACUUACUGACCUUUUAUUAUCCCUCCCUUACUUGCUUCUUACAUACCCCGCCUUUCCUUUGUGUUGGUUCUGUCCCCGUUUUCCUUGAACUACGUAAUUUAUCAACCAUCGUAGGACUUUCUCGUUUCUUAUUGGUUAGUACCCUUUGUAACACUCCUUACAACUGUAUCUAAUGGACUGGAAGUGGAUGUGCA